AUGAUGGAUGAUAAUGAAGUUAAUGUAUCUAAAACAUUUUUAAAACAAAGAAUAAAAAAAGUUAAAAGUAUUUUGAUAAGGGAAAAUGAAAUGCCAAAAAUUGAUCAAAUUUUCAAGUAUGAAUUAAAGAUAAAUUAUCCUGAAGUAACUGAUUUAUUACAUUAUAUUAACGGAAUUAUUUAUAAAAAUGUGGAUAAAUUUAAAAAAUUAAGCUUAUUAUAUUCAUAUGAUGAUAACAAUGAUUACAGUACUUCAAAUAUUAAACAAAACACAUUUGUAUUUUUAUUAAAGCAAAAAAUUAAAUUUCGAGAAAAAUAUAAAAACGAAAAUUAUACUGAUUAUUUAAGAACAAAUCCCUUAAUUUUUAUUGACACUCUUAAUAAAUUAUUAAUUAUACCAGGAAUAGGCUUCGAAUUUAAACUUUAUAAUUUUGACGAAAAGAAUAAUAAAUAUUUUCUGAAAAAAACGGAGAUUAAAAUUAAUAGUUUAUAUAAUCCAUGCUUCAUUAGAUUGAAAAAUGAUAAUUUUAAAAACAUAAUUAAAUUUAACAAGAAAACAGAGAAGAAUGAUAAAAAAAAUGAACAUCAUAUUGAACAUUAUUUUAUAAAAAGAAAUUCUGUAGAUACCUCAAAAAAAUUGAAAACAGAUUUUGUAUCAAAAGAGAAAAAUAAUUCUGAAGUAGAGAUUAACAUUAAAGAUGAGGAAAGUUGUAAUAACAAAAUUAAUUGUAAAAAUGAGGUUAACUAUAAUAAUGAGGUAAAUGAUAAUUGCGAAGAAAAAUACAAUGAUAAAAUAAAUGAUAAAAGUCAUAUAGAUGAUAAUAAUACAGUAAAACUUGAAUAUAAGAAAGAAAGAAGAAAAAGAAAAAGUUUUAAUACAUAUAACAGUUCAGAGUGCAAUAACAGCAAAAAAAACAAAAAUAAUUUUAGUAAUAAUAUGAAGAAAAAAUAUAAUCAGAACACAAGUUCAAAAGAUGUAAGAGAAGAAGAUGAAAAUAGUUUAAAUCAUAAUAUUUUAAAUAAUAAAAGUAUGCAAUUUUUUUAUGAUUUAAUUAAUGAAUAUGAAAUAUACAUAAAUAAUGUUAAGUGUUAUAUUAUUUUUGAUUUAAAAAGUUAUUACAAAAAUUUAGACAUAAUGAAGAAAUUAAAAAAGAAUUUAGAAGAAUUAAAAAAACCAAAUAAUGUUUUUAAAGAAAUAAUAGAGAAAAAAACUUUUAAGUCAUCUAGAGAUAAAAUUGAAUUUAUAAAAAGAUUUAAAAAAAUGAUAAUUCCAAAUUUUAGAAUAGAAAAAAUAAGAAAGCAGAGAAACCAUUUAAUUAUAGUAGAAUUAAUGUCUAAAAUACAAAAUAGCUUAAUAAUAAAAAGAUUACAUCAAGAAUUAUCUAAUAAAGUCAAUCUAGAAGAUUUAAUAAAUAGUAUUUUGAAAAAAUUUUUGAAAUCAAUAGAAAAUAUAAAAGAAGAAAGUGUAAAGAAAUUUUAUUUAGAUAUGGUUAGCACAUAUUUUUAUAAUAAAAAUUUAUCUGUUAUAGACUUUAAAAAUUUAAUACAAAUAUUCAAGAAAAAAGAAGAACAACAAAAAAAUCAAGAAUUUUAUAACUUAUUUCAAAAUGAUUUAAAUUAUUUGGAAAAAAAUAAAAAAGAUUGUGAUGAAAUAGAAGAAAAAAUUAAUUCUUUAAAAGGCUUAAUUUUAGAGUCUAUAUUAAAAGAAAAACAGUUAGAAAGAUCAGUUAACAGAUUAUUGCUGAAUCAUGAGCAGUCAAAAUAUGGAUAUUUUUAUAAAAUUGAACAAACAGAUGAAAAUAAUUUAGAUACUACAGAAUAUGGAAAACUAUUAGAAAAUUUUUCUAAAGAACCAAUAAAUUUUUAUUCUAUUUUAAAUAAAAGAAAUCUUGAUAGACAUGCUUAUCAUGAUAUAAGAAAUUUUAACUAUAAAAAGAAAAUUAGCGAAAAAUUAAAACCUGAUAUUUCUUUUUCAAGGAAUAAUCAAAUAAGUGAAAGAAACAAAAUUUCAUCUGAUAAAUGUAAAUAUAUUUUAGGGAACAAUGAAGGAUAUAAUACCAUUGAUAAAAGUAAAAAAAACAUAUAUCUAAAUUCCAUUAACGACGAAAAUCCUAAUAAUUCAUAUAUUAUAAAAAAUUCUUUACAAUAUAUAUAUGUAAAAAACAAAAAAUUUGAUAACGAAAGUCAACAGGGUGAAAAAAAUAAAAUCAAUCUAAAUGAAAAAGAAGAAUCUUCUAAAGACAAUAAAAAAUAUAAUGAAUAUAAUAAAUGUAAAAUUGAAAAGAUAAAUUAUGAAGUUAAAAACGAUGAAAAAGAAAAUAAAUGUGUUAAAUAUAAUAAGCAAGAAAACAAAUACUAUAAAAAGAAAAUUCAUUGCAAGUUAAUGGAAUUUAAAAAUAAAUUAAAUUCAGUCUCAACAAAUAGUAAUGAAAUAUAUAAAUUAAAUGAGAACGAGAACUGCAAAAAAGUGGUGAAAAAUGUUACAAAAAAUUACGUAAAUAAAUACGGAAAAAAAUAUACUUUCAAAAAAUCUAAUAAUUGUGAAAGUAAAAAACAGACCAGUGAUAAAGAAAAACAUAGAUAUGAAGUAGAAGAAUUCUUAAGUGACAAUGAAAGUGAACAAGAAAGUGAUAUAAUUAGAUCUAUAUGUGAAAAAAAAAAUUUAGUUUUUAUUAAUGAAAAACAAGAAAAAAUAAAUAAUGAAAUAUUUUACAAAGUAUUUGAACAAUAUCCUUAUAGCUUUUUUUCUAAAUCAGUAAAAAAUUAUAAUUUAAUUUUAAAUGAAAAUGAAGAAGAAGCUGAAUUAUCAUGGUUAACAAUGUUAAAAAAAAAAAAUCAUAAAAGAUCUAUUCUACCUCCAAGUAGAGACACAUUUAGGGAUGGCACACACUUUUCUAAUUGUCGUGCAACUGAACACACAUUAAAAUUUUUUUUAUCUCUCUUAUCAUUAUUAACAAAAAGUGAAGUUGAUAUAAAUUUAAAAAAGUAUUUGAAAAAAAAUAUACAGUUUUUAAAUACAGAACUAUUUAGUAUGAAAUUAAACUUAGACAAAAAAAGAGCAAUACUUGAGAAGCGUUUAGAUCACUUUAAUUUCCAAGAAAAUUCAGAAUUUUCUUUUUACAAUCCAUUAAAAAUAAAUAUACGUAUGAUGAAUUUAAUAGGUAGGGGAGGUUUUGCCGAAGUAUGGGAAGUUUUUGAUUCAAUAAAUUUAGAAAUGUAUGCUGCAAAAAUUCAUAAAAUUGAGCCCAGUAUGUCAAAUGAAAUCAAAAAUAAAAUAAUACAAAGAGCGGAAAACGAAAUAAAUAUUCACAUACAUUGUCAUAGGCAUAUUUUUAUUGUAAAAUUAGAAUUUUUUUUUGUUUUUGGUUCAGCAACAAAUUUACUAGUUGGCAUGGAACUAUGUGAUAUUGAUUUAGAUAAAUAUAUUAAAUAUCAUGGUCCGAUAAAUGAAAUUUUAGCCUUAAGUUGGAUUAAGCAAAUAUUACUUGGUUUAUUAUAUAUGAAAAAUUUACCUACAGGAAAAGUCCAUCAUUGUGAUUUAAAGCCAGCAAAUCUAUUAAUAAAAGAUGGUAUAAUAAAAAUUUCAGAUUUUGGUUUAGCUAAACUAAUUCUACCUGAUACUUGUCAAUAUUAUAAUGGAGGUGGAACUUUAUAUUAUCAACCUCCCGAAUGUUUAAAAAAUAAAAAAAAUUUGCUUAUUACAGAUAAAAUUGACAUAUGGUCACUUGGGUGUAUUCUUUAUGAAAUGCUUUUUUGUGAAAGAGCUUUUCAAUUUAAUUACCUUGAAAAAUGUUCAAAAGAAUUGUUAGUUAAUAAAAUGAAAAAAGGCUUAACUUAUCCCAAAAUUAACCAAAAAAUUUCAGAUAUAACUUUAAAUUAUAUACAAUAUUUACUUAAUUUUGAUUAUGAGUUCAGACCUUCCAUAGAAGAGGCAUUAAGCUAUCCAAUUUUUAACUAUUUUAAUAUACCUUAA